CAGGAUUAGAAAAAUACAGAAGAUAUGGAUUAAAAUAUUGGGGUGUACAACAACCCCAGCUAAAUAAAACCGAAUUCUUUCACAAACAAAAUUGCAUUUCAUAAAUGUUUCACGAUUUUCUAUUUUAUAAAUUAAAUAUUUGAGGGCAAACGUUUUUAUCGCCAAAAAUUCCUGAAAGCCCAUCGCGAUUUUCAAUAAAAUUCCCGGCUUUUUCAAACAGCAACAAAAUGAAUAAUGAAAAAUUGUUUGGCAUUACCUUCACAUUAUUCCUUCUAUUCCCGAAUAAAUAAUCGCGGCCAAACGUAAAUUACAGUUCCAUCCAAUCAACACAAAAACGUGAGCCCUCGGCAAGAGCAUUCAGACGCUGUUAACUCGAUUAACUAAAUAUAAUUCAAGUCAACAAAAAGCCCGAGCAGAAUGCACCGAGCAAAAGUGGAAUAGCUAAGCAUCUGCAAAUUGCGUUAUUAAUCUCAAGUCUUUUGCUUUUCCCCCUAUGAUUCUGCAUGCCAUCAAGAGCCGCGUACUCAUUGUCGAGUGGACAUUUGCGGUCAGAGUCUCUCUGAAAGCUUAUUACACAGUGCACCAGUUAACUCCCUAGUGUUAGCAUCGGAAGUAACCGUUAACAAGCAAGAACUCGCCAGUCCAAGUCACCGAGUACGUAUUCUCUUUCUUCAUAGAAUCUCACAUCAUCACGUGAUUCACGCAGAUGUCAUUCCUAUUAAAAGACUAUGACGUCAUUGAGAAUUGUAUAUCACUGGAAAUAUUGUUUACUCAUUACGAUCAAUCUCGCCGCUCACACCGGACGAUCAAUUGCACAUUUGUUAUGUCCGCAUGCUAUUGGUCACACUGCAAACAAUAAUGUCAUGCGAUAUUUUAUAAAAUCCAUCGUAGAAGAAAAAAAGUCCGAAUAUCACGGCGUACCAUGUGUGGGUUAUAAACCAGGAGAGGAUGAUCUCCAAACGCUAUUCGAUGUCAUCAGCCAUUACAGAUUGGAUUUUACUGAGAAACAAUAUCCGGGCGUCAGUCGUGUCAGGGGUACCACUCGCAUGCAGACCGCUUAUCGCAUUGACAGGGAUGCCAACUUAACGCUGUCAACAAGACAGCUAUUUCCGAUCGGAUUACCUCAGGAAUUCAGCUUCACGAGCAUAUUUAGAACCUGGAAAACACCACGUGUAGCUUGGCAUAUCUUUCAGAUAUCCAAUCGUCAACAUAUCCCGGAAUUUUCUGUCGAACUAAAUCCAAAAGGACGAACGUUGGAUGUAACUAUUGGAAGUUAUGAUAAACAUUCGCAGACUUUCAAGUUUGAAAAUGCAAACAUUUUUGAUACCAAACAAUGGCACAAACUUCAGGUGUCCGUCUUCCAUGAGAGAGUAGACAUCUACGUGGACUGUAACCUCCUUGGAUCAACAGAAUUACGUACUUGGUGGCCGAUAGACAUCGACGGACGUAUAACCAUAUCCCGAACGAUUACAUAUCCGCAGACAGUGCCGAUUGACCUCCAAUGGAUGAUCGUCGACUGCGACCCGACGAAACCCGAACGAGAACGCUGCGACGAGCUUCCGUUGAUAGUUUACGAGCAAAAAAAGGCAACAUGCAACACCGUCUGCCCUCAAGGACCUCCUGGCGCCAACGGAACGCAAGGACCUCGGGGAUUCCCAGGGUAUCUUGGGCCACCGGGUCUCAUGGGACUGAACGGUCUGAAGGGCGAGAAAGGUGAAAUUGGCAUGGCUGGAAUGAAAGGCGACAGGGGAGAAUCUGGAUCACGAGGGUUCCCGGGAAUUCCAGGAGCUGAUGGUGUGCGAGGUCCUGUGGGAUUACGAGGACCACCUGGACUGCCGGGUCCCAUGUUCGUGGAUGGAAAGAACUUCGGAGAUAAAGGCGAGCCCGGAGAAAAAGGGGUGCGCGGUGAGAGCGGCUUACCAGGACUUCCUGGAUUACCUGGGGUGAAAGGUGAGAGCGGUGACACGGGGCUGACUGGACUGAGAGGCUUGACAGGACUCCAUGGAGAGCCAGGAUCGAUCGGGCCUGUCGGAUUGCCCGGGCAAAAGGGGGAACCAGGACGUGAUGGUAUACCGGGUUUAGUCUCAGGUAAUCCCGGCCAGGCAGGACAAAAGGGGGAGCCAGGCUAUCCCGGAAGAGAUGGUUACCCAGGCAUAAAAGGCGACACUGGAUUGAGGGGGCCAAUGGGAUUAAGAGGAGAGCCAGGUAUCCAAGGACCUGUAGGACUUCCUGGACUGCCUGGGGAACCUGGCUUUUCCGGACACGAAGGACUCGUUAGUGAGGAAGAGAUUCACAGUAUUUGCAGACGAGUUGUGAGAGAGGAAAUUCAUAAAUUAAUGCCAGAUCCAGUUUUCUCCAAGUAUGGACUUCCCGGAGCGCCAGGUCUACCCGGUCUUCCAGGUAAGCAAGGGCCUCCAGGCGAACGGGGAUUCGACGGUUUGCCUGGAUCACCAGGGCUGGACGGAUCGACAGGGGCUCCCGGGGACAAAGGCGACAAGGGCGAGAGAGGGGGGGAUGGACUGAGUAUCGAGGGGCGGCCGGGGCUCAGAGGUCUCCCAGGACCUCCCGGGGAAGACGGUUCACCAGGGACUCCGGGGGAGAGAGGCAAAUCGGGACGUCCAGGCAUGCCAGGUAAAACUGGCUUCCCGGGUGCUCCUGGCUCGUGCGAACCCUGCAAUUAUCCAAUUGGAAACUACAUGCAAUAUCUACCGAGUGACGAGAAGGGCUAGAAUUGAAAAAUCGAUGAGGGAUGAUCGAUAAAAUUGCUGUUACGAUAAAAUAAAGUUGCUUGACUGAAACAAUUGAUUUACUUAUUAGUCAGUCUGAUCUCUUCAGGUGUGUAAAAUCAAUAAAAACACAUGUGAAAGUAUUCCGGUGCCAAAUUAAUCCAGAAAUCAAUAAAAUUUCAAGGAAAUCCCUUUUCGAAUUGAAAAUUUCUUUGAUAUUUCAAGAAUAUCUGUUGGAUUUCGGGGUUUUCCCCAGAUUCAACAUUCACUCUUCCAGAGUUUUUAUAUUUCUGCAUUUAGGAAAUAUUUAUUUCUUUGUUGCUGUGGGACCUUUCCUUUAUGUUAUAACAAAAAAAGGGAAAGUUCCAGAGAAAUUUUCUCACUGCGAGUUGUUGAAUUUUGGUUUUCUCCGAAGCAAAAAUUCACUCGUUCCAGAGUUUUUAUAUUUUCGGAUUGAGGAAAAGGUUUUACAACUAAAUUGUCGUGAGGCCCUUCCUUCGGGCCUUUUUAUUACUAAGCCUUUCCAAAAGUUUUUCCUGAAACACAUUCGGUGACCAGACAUGGUCAAGACAAAAUUUCUCUGUACAGUUUCAGGGGGUGCGAAAUUUACUACCCUCUCUGAGUAGAGGUGAACCGGGGCCUCACUAGCAG